GAAAUACCGCAGGCAGGUGGCGUGAUGUGCGGAGCCGGCCCAAACAUCAACAAAGAGAUCGGCUACAAAAAAGUUUUGUCCUGGCAAGAUCUUUAGACAGUUCCUGAUGGUAUCGAUCUGGAAAUUAUCUCAGAUAACAAUAGAGUUGCAUCAAGAAUGGAAUCCUUCAUUCAUAUGUUCGAAACACCAUCAGGGAGCGGGAAGCAGAGAGCCUUGGCGUCAAUGCCGGAGUGCCUGCCCCCUGAGGUUGAAGAAGGAAACGUAGAGUAUAAGCUGAAGCUUGUAAAUCCGUCUCCUUCUCGUCUCGAGCACCUUGUCACUCAGAUGAAGUGGCGAUUACAGGAGGGUGAAGGUGAAGCAAUCUAUGAGAUAGGUGUUGAAGACAAUGGUAUGUUUGUGGGUUUGACUAAAGAAGAGCUGGAUUCUUCCCUGAACACACUUAAUGUCAUGGCAUCAAAGCUUGGAGCCCAUACCACCUUGUUACGGCGACCUUUUGUGGAAGAUAAUGGUAAAGUUCCUCGAAGACAGGGGGCAGAAGUUCUCGUAAGACGAGUGCCAGAUGAUCAGCAAUUUAUUGACAUAAGACUUGCAGUGUUGGGGAAUGUUGAUGCUGGAAAGAGCACAUUACUUGGAGUCUUGACACAUGAUGAGCUAGACAAUGGCCGUGGACGAGCAAGGUUGAACCUUUUCAGACAUCUUCAUGAGAUACAAACAGGAAGAACAUCAAGUAUAAGCCAUGAAAUACUUGGAUUUAGCAAUAAUGGAGAGGUUGUAAACUACAGUGAAUCUCGAACAGCAGAAGACAUCUGUGAGCAGUCAACCAAGUUGAUCACAUUCAUUGAUUUAGCUGGGCACCACAAGUAUUUACGGACAACAAUAUUUGGUUUAACUGGUCAUUCUCCCGAUUUUGCUAUGCUUGUCAUUGCUGGAAAUGCUGGAAUAGUUGGGACUACAAAAGAGCACUUAGGCUUGGCUAUGGCACUGAAAGUCCCAACCUUCGUAAUAGUAAACAAGACUGAUGUUUGUUCACCAACAAUGAUGGAACGGACGCUCAAAGUACUUGAUCGACUUUUAAAAUCUCCUGGUUGUAACAAGGUACCAGUGGUUGUCAAAACUGAAGACGACGUUUUUAUUGCUUCAACUAACUUCAACUCCAAUCAGGUGACUCCCAUCUUUACUGUGUCUUGUGUGACUGGAGAAAAUCUAAAUCUUGUCAAGAAAUUUCUUAAUCUUGUACCUCCAUCACGUUCACCCAUGGACCAGGAGAAACUAGCCCAAGAUCCAACAGAAUACCAGGUGGAUGAAAUAUUCAAUGUUCCAGGAACUGCACCUGUUGUUGGUGGCACUUUAGAGAGAGGAAUUCUUCGCGAAGGAGAUGAACUUCUCCUCGGUCCUUGCAAGAAUGGAAACUUCCAGCUGGUGACUGUGUUAUCAUUGAAGAGGAACCGCGCCUCCUGUAGGGUGAUACGAGCAGGCCAGGCUGCUUCGGUAGCGAUCAGUGGAAUCGACAGGAACUUAUUAAGACGGGGCAUGGUUCUAACAGAUCCCAAAGAAAAGCCUCAUUCCUGCACAGGAUUCUGGGCUGACGUAUUUCUUCUUUUUCACACCACAUCCAUAAGCAAACGCUUCCAAGCUACUGUCUACAUUGGGAAUAUUAUUCAAACAGCUGUUAUCGAGGACAUGAACAAGGAAUCCUUGAGAACCGGUCAAAAAGCAAAUGUACGGUUCAGGUUCAUAAAACAGCCAGAGUACGUUCGCCCAAAAUCGAGGAUCUUUUUCAGAGAUGGACAUACUAAGGGAAUUGGAGAAGUUGUGGAUGUUAUUCCCCCUAACCCUAACACCAACAGAUGACAGCAGACGAUCAAACCUUGCUGGCACUUUUUCAUCACAUAUUUAAAUAGGGACUGGGACCCAUGACACAGAGGGAGUGGGGAAAGUGGGUGCCAAUCCUCACGCUGCUUAUUUGCAGACAUAGUAUGAAGAGUGUCUUAACCGUGCCUUUUGGAUAGACACUUCAUUAUUGGCAAGUGUAGUUUCCGUUUGGCUACGAGGAUUUGCCUUGAAGUGGCGUUUUGUCUUUGGCUUAGGGAGUCAAGCUGGUUUUUAAAAGUAACUUUGGAUGAUAAAAUGCUUCAGAGGCAUGUUAUUUUAUUUUUUAAUGGAAAACUCGGUUGGAAGGAGUUUCAUUGUUGAGUAAAGCCUAGGAAAACACGCUACGUGGAUAGGACUGUGGGUGCCAUCGACGCGUUGGUGACAAAAGAGACAAUAAGAUUUAAAAAAUGUGGCGGCUUUUCAGCUAGGGUCGACUUAAAUUACACGUAUGUUAGAAAAAUAUACGUUGUAUUCAAAGAGGUCUUGCAAUGGCGUGACAACUGUAAUGGAUUAAAAAAAAGGAAGGUUUUUAACUUGAUUGCUAAUUUUACUGGAUGUAAAUAUGUAAAAUGGUGUAUAUUUGUGAUCUUUGAAAGCGUGCACUUGAUUUUUAACAAACCAGUAUUUACUGCAGUAAAACCUAUUGGAUAACAAGACACUA